AUGGGCGCCCUGAGCUAUCUCCCGAUUCCCUACGUCCGCGCGCUGGUGCGGGAUACCGUCGUCGAUGCGUGCGUCUCGCACGUCUUGGCGCUCUACGGCCUCGUCGCGCUGUUGACGUAUUGGGUGCCAAAGGUGGCGGUGCAGAUGAUGCCGAGUCAGGAUUUAAAGAAGAAGUACGACGCGCAGUGGGCGCUCGUCACCGGUGGGUCCACGGGAAUCGGACGAUCGUUGGCGUUCGCGCUCGCGGAACAAGGGCUGAACGUCGCGGUGUGCGCGCUGGAUGACGAACAUCUGGAGACGACGUGUCGGGCGCUGCGGGAGAAAUUCGGCGCGACGAGCGAGAUUCGAAAAAUUGGAUGUAAUCUCGGCGAUCAGUCGGGGGCGUACGUGGAGACGAUCUCGAAGGCGUUGGAGGACGUGGAUGUGCAGGUGGUGUUCAAUAACGCCGGGUUCAUGCUCACGGGCUUUUUCGAUAAGCAGCCGUUGGAGAAGUUGAACGCGAACAACGAGUGCAACGCGACGAGCGCGAUGCGAAUCACGCACGUCUUCGUGCGAAGGAUGUUGGCAAAAAAACUGAGAGGGUGCGUUGUUUUCACCUCGAGCGCGGCGGCGUGUCAACCCACGCCGUUUUCGGCGAUGUACGGGGCGACGAAGGCGUACAUUUCGAGUUUCGCCGCCAACAUCGGCGUCGAGUUAAAGUCUCGAGGAAUCGACGUGUGCGCCGUGCAUCCGAGCCCGGUGGCGAGUAACUUUUACGACAAAGCGCAUAAAUUGGACUCACUCAACUUUUUCAUGAACUUUGCGGUGAAGCCGGAGGAGUUACCGACGGAGAUGUUCCGCCCGAUCGGUCGCGUCUUGUGGCACGACGUCGGCGGCGUCGCCAUCGGUUUCCGCAUGCUCCUCAAGCUCUUCGACUACGGUUUCUUCGCGACGCUCAUCUCGAGAUUCGCCCACCUCAUGGGCGAUUACAAGAAGAACGUGUAA